AUGGCUAGCACACUCGACUGCACACCUAGAGACAAGGUCGAAGCAAGUGCUGACAUUGCGGGAAAUGGUGUCCUAGCUGCAUUUCUCCUUUCAGCCCUCCUCACGCUAGGUGCGGUGGUCUUUGGAUAUUUUUCAGAAUCGCUACCUGAAGGAUAUUUCAACGAAAUCGACCUGGCGCUCAUCGACCGAAUGCAUUUCAGGCAGCAUUUAGACUCCCUAAGGUCCAAGCUUGCAGGUUGGAAGGACAAAGCUCUCUUUCGAAAGCAGCCUUCACGUAGACGACGUAAACUAAGUCGCGAUGAACGUCAAGAAGCGCUCACUCGGUUCAUCCUAGCCUUAAGCGAUCAGCAGCUGGCUACUGGGUUUGCGGUGUUGAUUGGUGCGAUCGCUAAUCAGAGUUCGCUCACAGCUUACGAUUUCAGGAUUGCUUUUGGGCUCGCAUGGUUCUCAGCAACGACUCACCUCGCAACCCUCGACGCACUCCAAGACUACUUUAUUGCCCAUGCUACCGUGAGGAAGUGGCGCAUUUGUGGGAUGGUGUUAAUUUUGUUGCUCUUGAUUUACUCCGGAUUCCUUACAUUGGCAUCCCCUGACGAUACCGUUCCUAUGCAAUGUCUUUACGAAGGAAUCGACACUGGAGUGACCACCGGCGCCAACAAUAUAACCGGAAUAGUUACCCAUUCAACAUACACUCGCUAUUCAGACGAUACUAGCUUCUCAGACUUCAUUAGCCCGAUCUCCUUAUACGGAGUGCUAAUUCCCUUCUUCAUGCUAACUACCGGCUAUGUUACUCGCAUAAACUGGUCCCGAGGGAAAAAGGCAGAUAACAUUUUGAUCGAGCGAAUAAUAUUUCGCUGGAAAUAUAGACGUAGUGAUUUCCCUCAAAUUUUCCAAAUGAAUGCAGUCAACCGCAUUCUUCUUUUCCGCGAGUUCAAAGCGGCGCAAAGAUCGAGCUGGAAGCGUCAGCAGCUCGAGCAUGUUGGCAUAUGCAGAGGAUUCCGACGAUCUUUCCGCGUACAUACUUAUGUUAUGGACAGGUAUGACGAGUCAUUUCUGUCCUUAGGGCCCCCAUUGAUAUUCAUGAUAUCCUAUGGCUUUGCGCAGUUGGUUUUCACUCGUUGGAUGCACCCCCUCCCCAUAGUCGUGGAUGGAGGAAUGGGGUUCGGUCAGAUUACACCGCUUUGUUUCCUGAUUAUACCAUUUUUAGCUGCCGCCGAAACCUACUACGAAGCCAAAACAGACAACACUACCGAAGAAUCACAGAAUGAAGCUACUACAGAAGAGACUGCAACCUCUAUAGUUUCACCAACCAAUCCGAUCCGAGCCGAUACCAUUCCUAUGACUCUUUCCACAGAGGACGACGAAGUUAAGCACCUAUAUCAGAGAGACCAUGAUUACAACGAAGCAGUAAACUCCAUCAGGGUAUACUUCUACGCCGAAGUAAAUAACAUCCAGAAUGAGUGGAGAUCAGCGAAUUCUGCGAUAGAGUUACUGGGAAUUCUGCAGAAGAAGGAAGCUCUUCUUUGCAAAUACCAAGUCCUCGAGGCAUUCGAAAAGUCCUUACCGGUCAAGUCAUGGCGGGCUAAUUGGGAUCAUUGGAUCUGUGAUGCUGGUGUUUUACUACGCUGGUAG